AUGUUUAGAAAAGAACACAUAUGGGAUACUAUAGAUUAUUGGAAAAGAAUUUUGUGGUCAGAUGAAACCAAAAUUAUCUUAUUUAAUUCAGAUGGAAUGGUUUAUACCAGAAUACCAAGAGGCAUAAGGUAUGAUGAAAAUUUUCUAAAUUCCACUAUUAAAUACGAAGAAGGGAAUUUAAUGUUAUAG